AUUAAUAAUUUUGAAAGACAGACAGCUGAUGAUGCUGAAACAGAGUCGACCCUUCCUCCUCUCCUCUACAUUACAUGAGAUGAGCAUCUGCUCGCAUUAAUUUCUGAGCUUCAUCCAUCUCCCCAUAACUUAUACGAAGAUGAUCCCUACAACCACAACAUCCCCAACAAGCAUAAAGUCCAUGGAAGAUGUGUGGAAAGACAUAAGCCUUGCUUCUCUUUCUCAUGCUAAUGACCACAACGAUCACUGCCCUCCGGCUGCUGCUGCUGCUUUUCGUGGCAUGAUUUUUCAAGAUUUCUUCACUACUUGUGCUUCUUCCAACAAAGACAAGGGCCGACCACCACCUCAACCAACAAUUGCAGCACCAACCACUGUUCUCAGCAUGAAUUCCGAUAUUCAACUCCUUCCUGAAAGCACUAUUAGUACCGCUCCUGCUCCUCUAUUGAAGCACCCAGUUAACCCACAACUUUUGCAAACUAUUCAUGCCGCUACGCCUUCCUUUCAUUUUCUCAACUCUUCCAGCUGCUCCGAUGCUUUGGAUUCCUCUUCACUCUUUCAUGUGCCUUCGUACUACAACAAAAGGAAAAGGCCCAUAGAUCAUCAUCAUCAUCAUCAAAGUAAUGAUCAUAAUUCCAGAGACCGCCGGCAUAAGCGCAUGAUCAAGAAUAGAGAGUCAGCUGCUCGCUCCAGAGCCCGAAAGCAGGCUUAUACAACUGAGUUGGAACUUGAACUUGCCCAUUUACAGAAGGAGAAUGCUAGGCUCAAAACACAGCAGGCAAAGUUCUUGUUGGCAGCCCCCACCCUUGAUCAGCUUCCAACAACAAAAAGGCAUACCCUUACCCUGUUCAGAAGCUCAACAGCUCCAUUUUGAGCUAAGGCUCAAACAAACUGUAUUUUAUGACUUCUUUUCUCUUCCAUUUGCCUCCUUCUUCUACUACCUUUAAGCUUACCAAAAGAAACAUCUCCAUCAACAGUAAGGAAAAAAGGUGCUUUGAUUCAUGCCAUGGUAUAGACAGAACCCAGGUGGGCAUUAAUUGGUUACUAUUUUCUUUUGAUCACAUUUGUCAUUUUGUUCAUGUAGCCUUUUUGGUUGUACAACGAGGGAUUCGGAGGAGUGGGUAGGGAACGGAUAACUGCUCGAGUUUGAGUUGAGGUGGGGCAAAUCAAAGACAAUUGCGUUGCCAUUAUACAUUGCUUUGCUUGCUUUGCUAGCCUAUAAAAAGGAUGUAUUAAAUUAGAUAGAUGGGACAUGCUUGCUUAGCCAACCAUGUCAUCGUAUUUCCUAACCUUAUCUCUCUCUCUCUCUCCCCCCUCCCACGUACAUUUCUUCUGUCUUUUCUUCUUCUCUCGCAUUAUUACUCUACGCUACCCCUCAAAACUUACUGUGGACAAUUUUGGAUUUUUCUCACCAUUGUUAUCCCAUUUGUAAUACUCUGUCUGUCUCUGAUGGUGAAUGUAUGUAUGUUUUGCAAUUAAUUAAUCAAGAUAUAGACUAUAGAGAUAUGAUGUGAUGUCUGGAACUUGUGGGGCUGUAUCACAAAGUCCAUGCACCGGGCCCAUUAACGAAAGGAUCAUGUUUCGUCGUACGACAGCUUUGGACUCUUCUGCUUUAGAUUUGGGCCCACUCUCACGCAAGAAACGGCCCACCCCAGGACAA